AUGUCACAUACGUCGUCGCAGCGAAGCACAACAGAAACCAGUGGAGAUGGAGCAGUUGCAGAUGAAGGAGCAGUUGAUGUUGCUAAGGGAACGACUGUGCUAGAUGAAAGGGCACCUGAUGCCGACACAGGAGCGCUACCUGUAGAUGGAGGAACACUUCAUGUGCAUGAAGGAGCACCUGUUGCGGAUGAGGAAUUAAAUGUUGUGGAUAAAGUGAUUGCUGGGGCAGUGAAAAAGCACGACACGGCGAUGACGCCAACUGUCGGGUCCGAUCUGCUCUGCAAACACGAUGAAGCUGAGAACGAUGAAAAACAAACGGCCGACGUUCUAGUUUUUGCCAGCAGUGUUCAUACGAACGGGAUCGCUGAAGCAAGUGAGGAAAGCGAUACUAAUGAGGAAACUGACGAUAGCCAAGAGGGGGUGAAGGAAGGAAUGGAGAAGGAAGAGAAUGAAGUGGAAAGGAAUGAGGAUGAGAAGGUAAACGAAGAGAAGGAUGGAGCACCAGUCCGCGCCAGAAAGGGCAUAACAGAUGAAUUUGUGGAUGAUAUUACUCUUGAUUACGAUGAGGAGGAUGAUGCGGCGUGUUACGAAUAA